AUGAAAUUAGGAACAGAUGAGCACACUCGUUUAGAACUUAGUUCACAUCCCACAGUACUUGUUGAGCCACCAACGUUAACCAUGGACCCAAUUGAUGUGCCCUACUUGUAUGAAGCAUACGCUAAGGAAAGUGAAAUAGCAGAGAAUAUCAGUGAGAGUAUCUUGUAUCGACUUUACAAUUUAUUUGUCACCAGUGAGGCUCGAGAGAUUCGAGUACAUGGUUAUGUUAACUUGCAGAGCCUGGAACUUGAAUCUUUCAGACAAACGUCAGACUCAACUCUCAUUAAUGGAAUAAUAGAUUUGAUUGAGUUGAAGGAUAAGCAUAACCCUGAAACGGACUUUAGCAUGAUACACGAUAUUGAACAAUAUUUGCCGACAUUUAAUAUCCCCAUUAUGGAGACAUAUACUGAAGAUAGGGAUCAACAACAAGGUAUUAUUGUUCCGGAUUCGGAGACCUCGGAUAAAUUCACAUUGACGACAUUUCUUGAUCAAUUGACACAAUUAUUACCCUAUUAUAGUGAUUCAAUGGAGCUCAUAAUUGGAGAUAUAAAAACCCGUUCUGUUCAAUCAAUUCCACGUCAGCAAAGUGUAAUAGAAUCCGCCAAAUUCCAAGUGUUUUACUAUCAUCAAUUUCUAACCAUCUUGGCCACUUCAGGUAACAGUUACCGAUCGUUGGUAGAUAGUUGGCAAUUACGCAAUGUGGAUCUCGAUGUCCCCAUCAACUAUAAGACGAUGUUCAUGUUGCUCAAGAAAUAUGGACCACUUUUAUUUGAUGAUAUGAUUAAACUUUCCAAGGGAGUAUCCUUAGGAAUGGACCAAUUUGAUGAAUUCAUUAUAAAUAAUCCUACUACCAAGAGUACUGUGGUUUAUGACCCAAGUGAAUGUUUCGCUGAACACAAGUCCAGCCAUCCCCUAUUAAGACCGUGGGUAAAUCCUCCAACACUAAGAUACUUGCUUGCAAGAUGCUCACAAAUGUAUCAAGUCUUGGGCCCAUUCAUAUCACCUAAAUGUAAAGUGGAAUACCGCAAUGGCCAUACCCACAAAGUCAUAGCCACCAAUGAAUAUGAGUUUGAUUCCAAUGAGUUCAAAGCCCAAAUCCACAAAGCCUCAAGCUUUUGGAAUGGGUCCCAAAAUCCAAAAAUCAAUCAAGAUAUCUCUAAGUGCAAGUAUUGUGAGUUCAAAGCUCAUUGUCCCGUACCUCAUCAUCAAGUACAUAAUGAUACAGGUGAUGGAAUACAACCACCACCUAAAAAAUUAGGGGAUUUAGUAUACCAUGAGUUUCUACAUGUUCAAAUGUGA